AUGGCUCCAUUCGAUGAUCAGCACACUGAUGUCCCUGGCACCGUGUACCUGGUAGACACAUCAAAUGCCUUACAAAAUGCCGCUCAUGCAGGAGGACAAGACAUUCUUCUCAUACCGCAACCAUCCAGAUCCCAGGCCGAUCCUUUGAAUUGGCCACGUUUCAAGAAACUCUGGUCAUUGUUUCUCAUAUCAAUGUAUGCGUGUGUUUUCUCAUUCGGUGAGAACAACUGGGGAGCCAGCUGGACUUUGAUCUCAGAAGAUACCGGCGUCAGCUUGACCAACAUGAACGGCGGCUCAGCCUUGAAUUAUCUUCUUCUUGGGUUCUUCAACAUAAUCUGGAUACCCACUGCAAUGAAAGUUGGCCGGAAGAUCGUAUACAUUUUGAGUUUACUACUUCUUGUCGGUGGCAGUGUCUGGGGUAAGUAUUAUACUGGGACUGCGCAGUACUACAUUAUGCUGGCUAUUCAAGGUGUUGGAACUGCAGCUUACCAGGCUUUAAUCCAACUGACUAUCUUUGACAUCUUUUUCACGCAUGAGCGGGGUCGCAUGGUUGCGAUAUACAUUUUCUUCCAGCAACUCGGCUCGAUUCUUGGUCUUAUUCUAGGCGGAUACAUCUCUGACGGAAUUGGUUGGCGUUGGAGCUCGCCUAUUGUUGCCAUCGCAUGUGGCGUAUUGAUUUUAUUAUUCAUUUUUACCUUCGAUGAUACAAUGUUUCCGCGGUAUCGAUUUAAUAGCUUCUCUGACGCAGACCCAACCAGAAGGAAUGAGGAUGCGGAGAAAGAGAAAGAGCUCGAGCCAUCUGUCUCAGAUCCGGCCGGCGAUGGUGAGGGUGAGGGUGAAGAAAUCCUCCCGAGAACCUAUCUCCAGAAGAUCGCCCUGGUUCAUCAUUUUGCCGACGACAAAACAACCUGGUUUCAAUAUUUCCGCCGGCCAUUCUAUCUCUUUGCCUUUCCAAACAUUGUCCUCGCCGGAAUCCAGUUCGCAUUUGGCUGUACAGCAGGGAUUGUUUCUUUCAACACUAUAUCGGAAAUCAUGACUGAGUCGCCUUAUAACUGGAGCGCUGGUUCUACCGGUUUGAUAUUUCUCGCCGCUCUUGUUGGGAACUUCCUCGGCAUGGGUGUCGGCUCUUUAUCCGACUGGGUAGUGCUUGUCCUCGCGCGGAGAAACAAAGGUUACAAGGAGCCCGAGAUGCGCCUCUGGACAUACAUAUUUCCUUUCAUUUUCGGCGCUAUUGGAUAUUUUCUUUACGGGUGGGCUGCGACAAAUGGCUCACAUUGGAUGGCUAUUGCAGUCGCGCUUUGCUGCUUGAUCGCCCAGCAAGUGUCGAUCACCAGUCUUGCAACGGCGUAUGCGAUGGAGUGUUUUGAUGGGAUAUCUGGCGAGCUUGUUGUGGUACUCGCCAUUUGCUCAUCUCUGAUCAAUUUCGCUAUCUCGUACUCCGUGCAGCCAUUUAUCAAUGCCACUAAUUAUGGCUGGACUUUUACUUGCUUCGGGAUACUUGUGGUUCUCUCGAUUUUGCUUGGCAUUCCUAUGAUUAUCUGGGGCAAGUCGUGGCGUCGGAAUUGCAGGACGCGAUACGAACAAUUUCUUGCAGAAACAGGCCGCGGCUAG